AGUCAGUCAAUGUUUAACAUUUGUGUUUAGAUUAUUUAACAAGUGGAGAAUUUUAAAAAAAAAUGUUAUUCGUUAAAAAAGUUUUACAAAAUAUAAUACGUAUUAUUGAAUAUAUUUUAUUGAAAAUAUGGCCAAUAAUAUUAUUGUUUCGAUGUAUCCAAUAUCAUUUUAAAGAAUUUUUUCGAAAUUUUGAAUUAUUUGGUUGGAAAAAAUUGAAUUUUGAUGAAGAAUUUGGCAAUUCGACAAUUUGUUUGGAUGGAAAAAUCUGUGUAAUAACUGGUGGUACACGUGGUAUUGGUCGGGAAACAAUUAAAUAUUUAUUGCAGGAGAAAAAUAUUUCAAAAAUUAUUACCGGCAGUUCACAACUGGAUUUAAAUUCCAAUGAAAAUGAAAUUGAAAAUUUUAAACAAAAAAUUUUAUCCGAAUCAAAUUUAUUGGAAUAUAAAGAUCGAUUGAUUAUUUAUCCAUUGAAUUUAGGUUCAAUGGAUUCGGUAAUGAAAUUUGUUGAAAAAAUUUGUAAACAAGAAUCUAAAAUUGAUUAUCUGAUAUGCAAUGGUGGUGUAUUGAUGCCUGAAACAAAUGAUGAUGAUGAAAAAGAAACAUUUUUCAAUAAAACAAUGGCAAUCAAUUAUUAUGGUCAUUGUUUAUUGAUAAUAAAAUUAUUGAAAUUAUUUCAUCAACAACAAAAAUCCCGUAUUAUAAUUGUAACAUCGAUUAUGCAUCAAUUUUGUUCGAUUAAUUUUAAUGAUUUACAAUUACGUCAGAAAUCAUAUUCACCAUUUUUAUCAUAUAGUCAAUCAAAAUUAGCCAGUAUAAUGUUUACAUAUCGUUUUAAUAAAUGGAUUGAAAAUAAUUUAAAAUCCACCAAUGAUAAUGAUUAUUCGUUGACAAUAAAUUGUUUACAUCCAGGAAUUUGUCGAUCAAGUAUGAUUGGUAGAAUUUUACCAAUAAAAGUACCGGAUUUUAUUUGGAAUUCAAUUACCAGGUCAACCAAAGAAGGAGCUGAACCAAUUUUGCUGGCAACAUUAUCACCAAAAUUAAUGAAUAAAAGUGGUAAAUAUUAUGAAGAUUUAUGGGAACAAAAAUCCAGCGAAAUAUCUUAUGAUGAAAAUCUACAACAAAAAUUAUGGCAACAAACAUGGCAAGAUUUACGUCAAUGGCUUACUGAUGAUGAAUAUAAUCGAUUGAUGGAAUAUUUUUAACAUGACAUGAUUGACCUGAUUGAUGGGUAAUUCGUUUUCUUGAAUAAAAAAACUUAUUUUUCUCAA